AUGGCUGGAGGCAAGGGAAAGUCUGGCGGCAAGACCUCUGGAGGCAAGGCUUCAGCCGAUGGCGGCCCCAAGAAGCAGCAGAGCCACUCGGCGCGUGCUGGUCUUCAGUUCCCCUGCGGUCGUGUCAAGCGUUUCCUCAAGUCGAACACCCAGAACAAGAUGCGCGUCGGAGCCAAGGCUGCCGUCUACACGACCGCUGUUCUCGAGUACCUGACCGCUGAAGUUCUCGAGCUCGCAGGCAACGCCGCCAAGGAUCUCAAGGUCAAGCGCAUCACGCCCCGCCAUCUGCAGCUUGCCAUUCGCGGCGACGAGGAGCUCGACACGCUCAUCCGCGCCACCAUCGCCUUUGGUGGUGUGCUGCCGCACAUCAACCGCGCGCUGCUGCUAAAGGUUGAGCAGAAGAAGAAGGCCAAGCAGCUCGAGGCAUAG